UUACUACCAGCAGCGCGUAAGAGUUCCAAUCUCCCUGCAGUCUCUCCAGCAUUUGUUAUUUUCUGUUUUUUUAAAUUCCUGCCAGUAAUGCUGAUGUGAGAUAGUAUCUGAUUGCGCUUUUGAUUUGCAUUUCUCUAAGGGCUAGUGAUCUCCAGCAUUUCCUCAUGUGUCUGUUAGUCACCUGAAUGUCUUCUUUGGUGAGUGUCUGUUCAUAUCCUUUGCCUAUUUUUUAAUUGAUUUAUUUGUUCUUUUUGUUGUAGAGGUGCUGAAGUAUUUUAUAAAUUCUAGAGAUUAGGCCCUUGUUGGAUAUAUCGUAGCCAAAAAAUUUUUCACAGUCUACAGGAUGAAUAUUGCAUUUUGAUAGCUCAUGCUAUAGCACAGUAUUCGGGAAGUUUACAACAGUUUUAUGGUCUGAUGAGAAUAUAUAUAAUUUCAUCAGUUUCGUGAACAUAUUAGAAGAUUGUGCUAUUCUAGCAAAUUAAUGGUUACAGCAAGAACAUGCCAUACACUCACUUGGAGUACAGGUCAGUUAUAACACCCUUGUUCUAGCCAUCUGUUAAAAGCCCAAAGCAGAUGAUACUAAAGGCCUUAUCUUCUGGUUCCUUGUUAGGCUAUAAAUCCCAGCCUCUGUUUCUGUCUUGAGGAAAGUAGGCAAAGAGAAGUUCUCACUAGUGAAUGUUAAUGUUAAUUAUGUAAUAUGAUGAGGGGCCAUUUUUGAAUAUUUAACAUUCACCAAAUGCUUUUUUAAUACCAAAUAUUUUUCAGGUAAUGUGUCAGAUAUUUGAUUGCCAUAGAAGGGACUAGAUCACCUUUGUAGCUGCUUUAUGAUCAUAUGACUUAACACUACCUCCUCUUGGUUAGAGUCAGUUACAGCCUUUCUGUCAAAGGGAAGGAUCUGAACUUGAACUCUCUUGGUCAAAUAUGGUCAUGGCUUUUCAGCGAGAGCUGGCUUUCACCCUGGAAUACAAACUACCAAGAUUUUCUGCUCUCAGAUUUUCAACUUGAUUAAUCAACUAGGAAGCUUUUGCACAGGUAAUGGGAACUUGAAAAGAGGGACUAGUGAACAAGGUUUGAGCUAGGCACUAGAGCACUACUCAGUUUUAUUUUGUGAACACUGACAAACAUUCCAAAGUUAUGUACAAAUCAGUUGCCUUGAGAGGAACACCAGACCCGGCUAUUUUGAGCUGAGAAGCCAGCGCGAAGAGAGACAUCAAAGCAGUCACCAGACCAGAGUAAGUGAGCUGAGCAAGUAGGUUCGGCAAUUCUGAAAGGUCACAGCCUUGAAGACCCUAUGGAGCAGUUCUACUCUGCAUACAUGGGGUCUCCAUGGGUCAGAAUGGACUCAAUGGCAACUGGAAACAACAGAUGUGGGGUAAGGUCAUUUCUACUGUGCGUUAAAUGCUUACUACUAGUGUGCUUUGCACUGGCAGCAAGUUAGCAAGACGUUUCCCCUCUCAGUCCUGGACUGGCUUCAGUCAUUUAACACCACUGUUUAUUCCUCUCAGGCUCAUGUUUCUGACCAUUGCGGAAGUGGGGCUUUUACCGAUGGAUGGGCUUCCGUGACCAGUGAGGCGUCCUCAGCAAUGCCUGGAGCUUCCUGAGCUGUGCUAGCCACUGAGGUUUUGUUUCUACCAAUUUGACAUCAUACAUGGCUAUGGAUGGCAAUGCUCUUCAGGUCCCCUUGCGUCAGAAGCAGAGGAAGAAAACUCAAGGCUUUUUCACUAUGAGUCGGAGGAGGGUAUCAUGUAAAGAUCUGGGACAUGCUGACUGCCAAGGAUGGCUGUAUAAGAAAAAGGAAAAGGGAACUUUCCUCAGCAACAAAUGGAAAAAGUUCUGGGUGGUGCUGAAGGAGUCGUCCCUGUACUGGUACAGCAAUCAAAUGGCAGAGAAAGCUGAUGGAUUUGUCAACCUGUCUGACUUCACUGUGGAAAGAGCAAGUGAAUGCAAGAAAAAGCACGCUUUUAAGAUCAGCCAUCCAGAGAUCAAGACCUUUUAUUUUGCAGCUGAGAACCUGCAGGAAAUGAAUGUGUGGUUAAAUAAACUUGGAUUAGCUGUAAUCCAUCAGGCAUCCACUGCAAAGGAUGAAGAAUGCUACAGUGAAAGUGACCAGGAAGAUCCUGAAGGAGCUGUGGAGACGCCGCCCCCUCCUUCCUCGUCGGAGACUCUGGCGGCUUCGGCUGCACGGCAGGCAUCUUCAUCCUCAUCCAAGCUGAGUGAAGCAUCAUGUUCUUUCUCUUCCCUGGAAAAUGCAAGGAAGAUGUCCAGCAAUGUUUCUUCCUCCUCAUCUAAAGAAAUGCAGUCCUGGCUCGACAUAGUUAACAGUUCCUCUGCAGCUGAGGACGCAGGACAGUCUAUAACAUUUGCUGUGCGGGGUCAUUCGCCUCUCCCCUCAGAGGCAAACAGUCGCAAGGUCCAGGAAGAUGCCACAUCAGAAAGCGGAUUUUUGAACUCUUUAUCUAGUGAUGAUACUUCUUCGUUGAGUAGCAACCUAGACCAUCUUACUGUCCCAGACAAGCCUACUGGAUCAAAGACGCCGGAGAGAGAAGAAAUAAAAGUGUCAGAAGAUGAUGAAAUGGAGAAGCUCUACAAAUCCUUAGAGCAAGCAAGUUUAUCUCCUCUUGGGGACAGACGACCUUCAACCAAAAAGGAAUUGAGAAAAUCCUUCGUUAAGCGGUGCAAAAAUCCAUCCAUAAAUGAGAAGCUCCACAAAAUCCGAACCCUGAAUAGCACGUUAAAGUGUAAAGAACAUGACUUGGCCGUGAUUAACCAGUUGCUGGAUGAUCCGAAGUUGACAGCCAGGAAGUACAGAGAAUGGAAGGUCUUGAACACUCUGUUGAUUCAGGAUAUCUACCAGCAGCAGCGGGCGAUGCCUGCCCCUGAGAGCAACCCCCAGGAACUUGAGAAACAGCCCCCCUCAGCUUAUGUUGAAAGUUCUAUUUGAGAACAGUCUCGGAUUCUCUCCCCUUUUGUCCCAUGCAACUUUCCAAGAUGUUGCAAGAACUUAGAUUUUUCCUUAAAAGGAAAACUAAAACCCUCUAAAGAUGCAACUUAGGUGAAGAUCUUCACCCAAUACAUCAGGACUCCUAGUUCCUGUUGCAAGGCAUCCAUGGAAUGAUUUGAUUGGAAUGAUUGAGUUCAGUUGAACAAAAAAUGAUCUUUGUGUUCCUGCUGGGAGCUUAAGGUUAUGCUAGGCUCUAGGAUGGAAUGUGAGAAAUGUAUUUUCUGUUCCUUGCUCUCAAGAUUAUUCCAAUAUUCAAUGGAAAAAGGAUCAAAUUUGACCAGGGUGAAUUAUUCGUAGAAUUCUUCUGUGCUCCUAAAGAAGAAUCUACGUAUUCCACCUGGUUGGGUAGCUGAGUUCUCCAAAUUAUUAUUAUUAUUUUUUGAAUGAAGGAACAGCUGCAACUGGAGCAGGACAAACAUGAUAUUCUGGAACAAAUCCUUUGCUAUUGGUUACAGAAAAGGUGUGCCUUUUCCACCUGUUGGCAAACACUUCACAGAGAGAAGUGUGUGGGAGAGUACCAGCAGGAGCCAUGUUCUAUAUUCCUCUCACUCAAAGGACAACUUAAUAUUUUCACACGUGACCCAGGUGGAGGAUCCCAUAAAUGUGCCCUUUCCAUCAAACAGCGAGAGAAAAGCAUCUUAUUACACUUGGAGACCUCUUCUCCCUCCUAGCUUUUCUAGGCAUCUGUGGGAAAUCGUAACAAGUCCAGCGGGAAGUGUUUGCUGCUUUUUUCCUUGGCUGUGGUGCCUGUACACAGUAUGAAUUUAUGUCCAGAUUCCCUGGGAUCCAUUCUGAAAUGAUGAUUCUGGUGUCUGAAUUGGUUUCUAAUUCCUUUACUCCAAAAAACAACGAUUGUUUUAUUUUUGUAUAGUUACGUGUGACUUUGUGUCCUUCGUGAAUAGAUAAGUUUCUAUGUUUGUUAUUUAAGUAUAUUUAUAGAAGUUCAAAUUACUACUGUUGUCAAAGAUGAUAUACUAUUAUAUGUUUUGCUCAAUACAUAUUCUUGAAGUAUAUACUUUUUGCUUGAGAAAAAUAGGGAUAUAAUUGAUUUAUUGGAGUUAUUAUGUUGCACUAUAAGGUAGUGGAAUGCUCAGGAAACCUUAAGAGAUAAAUAUGGGGGCAUGCAUUAGUAAUCUUUGCUUUUCUGAUCUCUCUCUUUUUCUCUCUCUCUCAACCCAGGGCUCUUAGAUUUCUCCGUUUGUUUUAAGUCACACUCUUCACUAGAAAAGCACUUUCAUCUUAAGUAAUCUCUUCUAUUAAAUUAACUGUCUUUUAAGCUUUAUGCCACUUAUGCCCACAAACUCUAACCCAAAUGAAACACAAUCCAUGUUGUCUUUCGACUAACGCCUCACAGAAAUUUGGGGGUCCAUUGUUAAAGAAGAGCUCAUUUUGUUAGAGAAAAAAAUAAAGUCUUCACUUACUGAUCUGACUAUUUCUCACCAUGAGAGUAACCACAACCCACCAAAAACCCAUUUUGGCCCCACCGCUAGCAAACUGUCGACAUAACACAUUCUGUUUGUAGUCAUUGUGUGGCUUGACAUUCAAAUGGAAAGAACCGCCUGAAUUUUAUUGCAAACUAAGUGGAAAUGUUGGUUGAAUAUUUCCCCAAGUUUUACCAAGAAGUUGUAAUACUCUGUAAACAACAAUCCUCACAUUAAGUAAGAAACAAAACAGGAAGCAAGAUGCAGUGAUAGAAGCCUGAUAUAAGACACAAUGUCUGUGGCUUUGGCCCAACAGAACACGUGGGUGCUCGUGUCUGUGGAAGGUGUUGGGUGAGGCCAUGGGCCAUACUGGCCAUGGAGUUCAGACCGGCAGUGAGUGUUCAGUUGGUACAGACAGAAGUAACUCUCCAGGUUCUCAAAUUGGACCCCCCAAGCUUCUGAUUUGAGAGGCCAAUGCUUUAACCUUUUUGAUUCGCAGCUAUGAGCAGGAUUCACCAGUGUCAACCAAGUGUUGAGGGAAGGGGAAAUAAUAAUGGAGGAAAUAAUAGGAUGACAUAGACGUGCUUGCAGCUUUUUCCCCUUCGGUUUGCAGCACCAGCCUGCAGACUCCAAGACAGCUCCCCUGAAAUUGAAGAGCUCCAAAAACUUUGACCAGGGCUUGUGAAUACAUGUAAAUGCUUUUGUGGCUUGUCAUGAAUAUGCAUUUAACUCACCUUUUAGUGCAAGCUAUUUUUAGUACCACUCAAAUAUUAAGGCAGAAUAGGUCCACGAGAGGACUUAAUCAGACCUUUCAAAGAGUUACUUUUCAGAGUCAUUUCAAGAAAGUGAUCUAGAGGCGUUGGAAUUGUCGGUUAACACAGCUGCUUUGCAGAACCUCCCAAAAUGAAAGUUAAACUGAACUGCCCAAUUCUGUGCCCUGUUCCCUUGUGUUUUCCCCUGGGUAAAUACUCUUGCUCUAUACUGCGUUGUGUUGGGAAGUAGGCGGCUGCUUCUGUGAGUUCCCAACCUCAGAGGUGGCUACUAAGGGCCAGGGUGAGUGACAGUGGGUGAUACUUUCUAUGACAUUCAAUUUAGGAGUAACCCUGGUGGUUCUCUUGGCCUUAAGCAGUUUUUCUUGUCUAAAGGAUAUUGGGAAAAACUGGAUUACUUCCAGUGUAUCCCUGGGGAUUGGGCUGUGUUGGAAAUGGAUUUUGGGUAGUUUCAUAGAGUCUAAGGUGAGACUCUUUACUCACUCUGAUAGCCAUAAUGUUUGGGGACUGUGGUUUGACUCAAAGCCACGGCUGCUCAGGAAGGAGAGAAUCUCUGUCCAAACCUGUGUCACCUGUUAGGGAUCACAACCCAGAGGACGCUUCUUUGGGGUUCUGGGGAGGAUAGCUUCUCUCUGUUGUUGCCUAUAGACCCUACUCUUGGAUACAUUGCAAUACACACUGAAUUGGAUGGUUCCACGUUUGAGGGGCCUCUGUGACUUUUAAGAAUUCUACGUUCUGCCACAGCAGCUCAAAUCUCAGUAUCAAGGGUCUAGAAAGACUCAUAAAGCACAAAAUUACAAAGACUCUGGGAAGUCUAAGAAAGAGACUGUGCUUGGAGUCAGAUUUCAAUGUGAAACUGAUGCCUUAUAUUUACAUAGCACUUUAUAGUUGGCAAAACAACACAUUUCAUGCCCCCCACUCCCCGCAGUGGCCCUGUGUGGAAUGUAUUACCUUUAGUCCCUUUUGCUGAGGGCAGACACAAGCUUUGAGAAGUGAAAUGGCUGUCCUAGGGUCCCAAACCGUCAUUGGUAAGACCAGAAGGGAGCUUGAGGCUCCUGCCCCCAGCCCCUCCUGCUCCCAUCACACUGCAGCGGCUGCGGGAGCAGCACCUGUGGGGACAAAAGCAGUUUGGCUCACUCCGCGUAGUCCAUUGCACUGGGAGCCGCACACCCUGCUGAGGUGGCUUUUGGCUAAUCUGAAACCUGGGGGCCUCUUCCCCUGAGCGCAAAACCAAAACCAAACUCUUUGCUACCAAGUGGACUCCCAACUCAUGGAGUGACCCCAUGUGACACAGUAGAGCUGCCCCAUAGGGUUUUUCUUGGCUGUAAUCUUUACAGAAGUAGAUCGCCAGGUCGUUCUCUCCUGAAGCCUCCAGGUGGGUUCGAACCGCCCACCUUUUGGUUAGUAGUCAACUGCAAAUCGUUUGUGCCACCCAGAGACCAUCCCUGAGCACAGUCUCUUCCCAACUGCCCCAACGGCACUUUCCCUCCUGCAGAGACUGCUGUGGGGCCGUCUGUGAAUUGGGGGUUGAUCUGUGCUUCCUUUCUUUCUUUGUAAACUAUACACUUGUUAGGUGCUGUGAGCCCUUUGGAUGAAAGAGAUAUUCAAAGGAUUGAAGAGUGUCUAUUUUGCUUUCCUUUUAAAGCAUGCUGGGGGAUGGCAGAGACUGAACUUGGUGAUCAGGGUUAGUCCCUUAAACUUUCUCUCUCAAUUUCUUCUUAUGCAAUUAUGAUACUUCUCUCAAAUAAUCUUUACAUCACAAACCAUGUCAUAGAGAUUAAA